ACGUCUUCAGCAGACGGAAUUUCAAAGUUGUUUGAUAAAAUUACACCAACGUCAACCAAUGAAAUGGAAUUAAUAAACAGAUGACAUUUAGCCAGUUUGUCCCAGUGCCAUGAGGACUCUAAUUCUGUUGAUAUCCAUCUUGACGUUAGCGUCCAUAGUGACAGCAAUGGAAUGGCCAAUUGAAGGGACCUGUUCUCCAUGCCAGUGUUCUGUGCAAACGAGCAAAUACUCCUAUGGAUUGAUGAAGUUAGUAAACUGUUCAGGCCUUGGAUUGACAGGACUACCUGAGCGUCUGCCAAGAGAUUUAGACUGCCUUGACCUAUCAAACAACAAUUUUGAUAUUGCAACAGUUGACCCUGUCUGUGAUUUUGAAUUUUUGCAGGACCUGUCCCUUGCACACAAUACAUUCACUUCAAUUGAUUGGUAUCUAUUUUCAAAUUGUUCACUCCUGAGAAAGCUUGAUCUGACCGGAAGCAGUAUUAUUCACUUAAAGAAUGGAUCCUUCACUGGACUUGACAACCUUCAAACAAUAUAUGGAUUGGAGGCUUUGUCAGUUGAUGUUGGGGUUUUCAUGAAUCUGCAAAAACUGAAAACUUUGGAAUUUACAUUUUUAGGAGAAACCAUUCCUGAAAUGAUCUUUACAGGUCUCAUAGUUGAGACACUACAUUUGACUCUGUACAAAGUUGAAAAAAUCCCCCAACAGCUUCUUGAAUUUGGAGAAAAGACUCUUCAGGUCAUCAGCAUCUAUGGUCCAGAAGUUUCAUUUGUUUAUGAGAACUUUCUGCGAGGAUUAACUGUUCUCAGAAAGGUGCACCUAAAUAUGCCAAAGCUAGUUAGUUUGCCUGAAAGGAUCUUCAACAAUUUUGGUGUUGUCUCUGAGGAUGGUGACCCGAGGAAUCUGCAGGAGAUAGUUCUUAUGUCAAUGAACAGUGUCCCUGGAACUAUUUUUAAUGACUUGGAAAGUCUACAUAGACUUGAAAUACAUGAUGUGAAUGAAAUUACAUCUUCUGGGAUCUUUGAUGACCUCGUAAAUUUAGAAGUUCUUGACUUGACCAGAAGCAAUAUCAACCAGAUCCCAACUGGAUGGUUUUCAAACCUGUACAGCCUUAAAACUCUGAAUUUGAGUCAGAGCAAUCUUCGUGAAAUAGAAGAGGGUUCUAUGGAUGGACUCAUGAACUUGAAAACUUUGGACCUGUCAAUGAACGCGCUACGUAAUAUUCCUCUGAAAGCUUUUGAUCCAUUGAGGAAAUCAGUUCAGAAUCUUCACCUGAGUGGGAACAUCCUGAAAGAGAUCGACGACCAGCUGUUUAGAAAUAUGCUUGCACUGCAAUACCUGGAUCUGAGUGACAACAAAAUUGCUUCAAUAUCAAGUAAUGCCUUUUCCGACUUGAAACUCUUAAACAGUCUACAGUUGCAGGAAAACAAGCUUGCAUAUCUACCAGUCGACCUGUUUAACCAUCAACCCAACCUCCAAGUCCUUCACCUUGGAGCAAACUCAUUCCAACGUUUUCCGAUAUCUGUCUUGAAAUCUGCAGGAUUUCUGCUUCGUCUGUAUCUUGAAGACAACAAAAUUCCAUCAGCACCUCCGAGUCUGUCAACUGACUUGCCCUACUUGGAGUAUCUUUCUGUGAUGAAUAAUCCUGUACAGUGUCGAUGUAGAUUGUUGAGUUUAAGAUUAUACAUGCCAAACUUGUACAUAGAUGGCAUAUGUGUGGCUCCGAGAGCUUAUGCCAGGAGCCAUGUGAUGUCAUUUGUAGUGCCUGAUAAUUGUAAAGGCCCAAGACCGAAACCAGAAGUAAAGCCUGAAAUUCCUGAAAUAACAUUCACAUCUAUGCCGGCUCCAGCUCCACCACCUGCAGAAAAGGACUACAAGGAGAACUAUUAUUACUAUGGAAACAAUUACUAUUAUUCUGAUUACUAUUACCAAUAUGACACAAAUCAGUAUUAUGUGGAUCUACAAAGUGAUGAGAAAGCACCAUCGAGUUCUGUGGGUGUGACAGGGAUAGGACCGCGGUCAUGGAAAGAUCAUGAAGUAUCAGUGACUGCCACAAACAAAACUGACAGGAUGAUAGAUGCUGCGACAUCAUCUCUUGAUUCAAUGAUGUCCCAGGCGUACUCAGGUGGUACAUCCAAGCCACCUCAUCUGCAUGGAUCCACUGAUGUGAAGCUAAGUUUACCCAUUUCACCGACCCCUCCACUAACUCGAGUGUUUGAAAGUAAUGAAACAGAGUCAUUGGUUGUAACAGCAUCCAUACAAGAACCUGCAACUGAUACGUCCUGUACAUCCCAUACAAGUUCAUUAGGUCCACUGUAUGGACAUUCAUAUAUAUCAGAUUCAGAAACUCUGGAUAAAGAAAGAAGUUCAUGCUCGGAUGAUUCUUGUGAAAUCAUGGCAACUGAUGUUCUCCCUGAUGGUCCUCCUCCAGAAGAUUCUGCAGCUGAAGGUGAUGGAAGAACGGGAUCAUCAUCCGCUACACAUAGGACCAAGAAGACGGAGGAUGUGGGCAAGGACAUGGACAGGACAUCCAGGUUGUAUUCCAUGUCAUCGCGAGGUCAGAGCACAAAAGCAGCUGGUUUGCCAACAUCAAGCCAUAUUAAGAUAUCUCCCACUAGCACUGUGAACAUGGUUGAUGAUAACACAGCAGUGUUAGAGAAGCCACAUGGUGGACCUGUUACAGAUGGGGACACUGGAUUGAGCAUAACCAUGAAGGCAGUGGUUGGUGUGCUGGGUGUGGGAGCUUUCAUAUGUAUUUGUGGGACGAUGUGGUGGCUGAGGAACCAGGUGAAAACUCGGAGGAUGUACGAGGUUACUCCGUCCAGUACGGUUGUGUGAGGCAUCAUCAGAGGCUGGUUUAUGCAGGUGCAAAGUAGAAUUAGGGUUUGGCAUAGCCUGUGUAAGUUACCAUUUGUGUAGGUAUGUCAGUGCACAGCGCUGAAAGUGUCGGGUACUGUUUGUGCGAAGUACUGUUUCAUUGGGAAAUAUAUGUUAAAUCACCAAUAGUGAUUAAUAAAGUCAGUGUAUGGUAACAUGCCAUCAGUGU